AUGUAUUCCGACUGCUGCCCUGGAAACUUCUCCUCCUGCUCUCUUGGGAGCCCCCUGCGGUACCUCGGCAUCUCCCGCAUCUCCUCCUGCCCCAACAACCUGGUCUACAGCACUGACAUCUGCUCUCCCAGAACCUGCCCAUUGGGCUCCUCUCUCUACAGGAGCUGUCAGGAGACCUGCUACAAGCCCAGCAGCUGCCAGACGUCCUGUGUGGUGUCCAAGCCCUGCAAGAAGACUUACACUGGAUCUCUGUGCUUUGGCUCCCGCAGCAGUUGCUCCCUGGGCUAUGGAACUAGAAGCUCCUACCCACUGGGUUGUGGAUCCAGUGGCUUAAGAACCCUGGAUUAUGGAGUCCGUGGCUUCUCUUCUCUGGGCUACAGAUCAGGAUUCUGCUGCCCAACAUAUUUUCCUUCUAGAAGCUGCCAGUCUUUCUGUUAUCGACCAACAUGUGUAUCUAGCUUCUGCUGA